AUGCGCGUUAGACAAUUGCAAACUACACUGCAAGAUCAAGGCAUGAUCCAACAGAUCUCGAUGGAUCAGCUGAGUGAUAUGAAGAUGGCUUUGGAUGCCACAUUCUGGUUGCGAAGUAUACAAAUGCUGAAGGAUCCAUAUGCUGAUGCUCUCGGCGGAAUGCCUCCAGGACUCUUCGGUAUCAUUGCUAAGGAGCUGGAGCUUUUCUCACACUACAAGAUCAAACCAAUCUUCGUCUUUGACGGCAUCGUGCCUCCUCUGCAGCAUCAAAUGUUUCAACAGUCUAGUCAACAGCAGCUGGAUCAGGCAUGGACCUUAUCGGCCAAUGGACGCGACUCGGAAGCUCAGAAGGCGUUCGCGGUUGCCACGAGCCGCAUCAACAGCGACAUAUGCCACUUCGCUUUCCACUUCUUGAAGUCGAAGGGCUUUGAAGUUAUCCGAGCACCUUACUUCGCAUCAGCACAGUUGGCGUAUAUGGCGGCUAACAACCUCUGCCAAGUCGUAUAUGGUCCUCCGGGUCUCCUUUUGUAUGGAGUGAAGAGUGUACUCCUACAGAUGGACUUCCAGAAGAACAAAGCUGAGUGGGUAUCCCUUGACCAUGUUCUGAGCAAAUGGUAUAUAAAUCGCGAGCAGUUUAUAGAUGCGUGUCUGCUGGCCGGCACUGAGUAUUGCCUUACUUACCCUUAUCUCAAUUUGGACCAAUUUCGUGGCGAAAACCAGCUUCCUGCGGCAGCUCACCAUGCGGGGGCAUUUAGCUUCGAGACUGCUAUCGAGUUUAUACGCCAAGUCCCACUGAAUUCAUGGAUGCAGACUUUCCCUACGGAUGAUAUGCGCAACGACCAUGUUGAGGGAUACUGCGUGUGCAAGCUACUCCUAUGCUACACUCCAGUGCUGAAUACGAUCGAUUUGGAAGUGCGCCCUCUGUCUUGUGGUGAUAUGUCUACUGUGUUUGGUGAUAGACUCCCUGUGACGGUGUAUGAGCUCCUUAUGAUGGGCUUUAUCAGUAGCAGACUACCACUGGUUCUGGCAACUGGGGUUUGGUGUGAUCGUCAGAGUCCGUUGAUAGAUUCUAAAGAGUAUAGGUCCUUGCUUAUCGAUCUUACUAACGAGUAUCGGACUAAGGCUUUGGGCAUUAUGGCUGAUAAACUGAACCCGGCCCUGAGAGAUCGACCUGUUAUAUGUACGGCGUAUUGGGAGGAUCCGAAUUUGCGUAGAAUUCGGAUUCCUCAUCUGAAGAGAUUGAAGUGGAUGUUCACGAAGGCGGAGCUGGAGGCUGAGAUGCGCAGACAGGGGGCUAAGACUGUUGAUCUGAGGUUCUGUUUACAGUGGCAUGCGAAUGAAUUCCAACACGAUGGACCGUUGGUGACUAAACUGAGGAACUCGACUGCUGCUGGGCCUCGCGCUCAACCUAAAGAUUUGAAUUCCCUCUCUGCUUUGGUUCACUUCCAACUCCUCGAAUCACUCGAGUAUUUCUCUGAAGAUGGGGGUAUGACUGUCCUUGGUGACGUGCUGAAGGACACCCCAAGUCGUUUCCAGGAGCCGACACUGUUCGCUCUGGAGCUUAUGAAAUUUGGCGUCCUCACUGGUGACCCGUUCGAGCCGGUCGAUGGCAGUAGCUUCCCCGCGGCGGUCGGUUAUCCGAAGAUUGAUACGGUCAGUGAUAAACAGAAGAGUAUCACUUUGCUGUCCAGGGUAGUCAGUCUGGUGCCGAUGAAGCUGAAGAACGAUCUGUGGGACACUACAGUGGAAUUCGACUUGGCUGCAUUCCACUCCUUGCUGAGGCUAUUUAAGAGGACCUUGAGGGUUCUAUGUGAAUCAUGUUUGGCCGAUGACCUCAUUGAGAACAAGUCGUUGAUAAAGAUAUUGCCAAAUAACACUUUCAGUCCGAACGGGCCGUUGCCGAGUGAUUUGAAUGCAAACGGAGAGAGGCUGCCCUACCAUCGAGAGCAUCGUGUCGCUGAAGUCGGACCAUCGCCGGUGUUGCCGGUGUUCAUGUUGCCUAGAACGUGCAUGGGUAUUGUUAUGAAAUACUUUAUGGAGUGGGAAGCCCCGCAAACUAGGAAACCGAUGAGCGGAGCGGAGAAGCGUGCGACUUUUGAUGAGAAUCUUCGGAAGAAGUUCGCAUGCUGCGUGGACCCUAUGAAGGACCUUGGGGUGGCAUUGGAGUUCUGGGCUGAGGUGAAGAGGUGUAUAGUGGAUAUCAGUGAUCAACUUGGAGCGGAGGAAAUGAAGCAAGAUGUCGUGAAGGCCGACAUUUUGUUAUCGGAGAAGCGCGUGAUGAUGAAUAUUUAGCUGACGAGGUCGAGGGAUUGACAUAUGUCUUUACAAGUACCAGCAGCAGAUGGCGGAUUGAAA